AUGGGCUUCCUCUACAGUCAGCUCGUCAAGAAGCUACCCUACCCGACGGGUUCCUACUCGGGCAAAACCAUCAUCAUCACCGGCAGCAAUGUUGGCCUCGGCAAGGAAGCCGCGCGCCACUACGUUCGCUUGGGCGCCAGUCGCCUGAUUCUGGCCGUCCGCAGUCUAGACAAGGGACACGAGGCCAAGCACGACAUCGAGGCCAGCACGGGCUGUCCCGAUGGCACGAUCGAGGUGUGGAAGGUCGACAUGGCGAGCUAUGCCAGCGUGCAAAAGUUCGCUGCGCGCGUGCGCGAUGAACUCGACCGCGUCGACAUCUUCCACGCUAACGCCGGUAUAGCGCGUGGCGCCUACAGCACGGUCGAGGGUAACGAGGAAAUGAUCACAGUCAACGUCAUCUCCACCCUCCUGCUGGCCGCACUCGUGCUGCCCAAGCUCAAGGACACUGCGUCCCGCUUCGGCGUGCGCCCGACGCUGUCCAUCACCACCUCGGGCACGCAUGGGCACACGACGUUGCCUCAGAAGUCGGCUCCCGAGGGAGGUAUUAUUGCCGCUGUCAACGAUAAGGACACUGCUCAGAAGCACUGGGAUGACCAGUACCCCAUCUCAAAGCUUCUUGGCGUGUUUGCAGUGCGAAGCAUUGCUGCGAGGCACCCUGCUGAACAGUACCCGGUCACCAUCAACUUGGUUGAUCCUGGUCUUUGUCAUUCAGAAUUGGGGCGUGACUACCCUGGCUGGGGAUUCUGGUUGAUCAAAACCGUGCUCGCUCGGUCCACUGAGGUCGGUAGUAGGACGUUACUUCACGCUGGAGCUGCUGGUCGAGAUUCCCAUGGGCAGUACUGCGACGACUGCGAGAUUAGUGUUCCGGCACCAUUUGUGACGAGUGAUGAUGGCAAGACAGCGCAGGAGCGGGUAUGGAAAGAGUUGAUGCAAAUUCUGGAGAAAGUUCAGCCGGGUGUGACAAAUGAGUUCUAG